AUGUAUAUCUUAAUCAUCGGCUGUGGGCUUGCUGGUCUCACCAUAUCGAUUGCGCUUGCGAAAGGAGGUCAUACUGUUGAAAUACUAGAGAGCUCCGCGCACAUCUCACACGUUGGUGCUGGUAUUCAGGUCACACCAAACUCUUCGAAAAUUCUUCGAAGCUUGGGGAUUGAUAAGUAUAUUGAAGCAUACUGUACCAAUCCUGUGGACUUGAGGAUGAUGCGCUGGAAAGAUGGUCAGGUUCUCGUCGAGUGUCCGUUGAAAGAACCUGCGCAAAAUGAUUACAUGUCUCCCUAUUGGCAUGUUCACCGUGCUGAUCUUCAUCGAGGAUUACUCGAGGCUGCAACGGACCUCGGGUGCAAUGUUCGAUUGGACAGUCGUGUGGUCAGUAUUGAUCCUUUUGUGCCUACGCUUACCACACAGCAUGGGAAGACCUAUGCGGCAGACCUGAUCAUCGCAUCAGAUGGUGAGAUUGUUCAACAAUUGAACCUCCCAAAAGCUGACACUGAAGAUGUAGGUCUCCAUUCAAUGGCUCGCGAAGUCAUAUUGGGUAGAGCUGGCGCGCCCAUUCCAACAGGCCAGAUGGCAUAUCGCGUAAUACUCCCAGUCAAGACACUCGAGGGAAUCCCGGAGUUGGAAGAAAUUAUCUCGAUUCCCCGUAACAAUCAUUGGCUUGGUCCCGAUGCAACCGUCCUAUCAUACAUAUUAAACGGGAAGGAUGGAAAACUAUUGAAUCUUGUUUUCACGCGAGUACCCUCAUUUCGGCUCGCCUUGGCAACGAUGAUAACAUGUCCAGAUGUGAUGCAAAUAUGCCCGAUGGGACGAACCAAAGGAUUAGAGACAGUGCAGAACUUCGAGCUAGGUUCAAGCAUUGGGAUGCACGAUAGCUGGGUUCAUGAAUCAGGAAAUCUUUGUCUGAUCGGUGACGCAGCCCAUGCCAUGACACCUUAUCUCGCGCAAGGAGCUGCGAUGGGAAUCGAAGAUGCAGCCGUACUUGGCGCACUUCUGGAGAAAUAUCCUAGCAAGAACACUCUGUCACAGGUGUUAUCGAUGUACUGCAAUCUUCGACAAAAGCGAACUGCAAAUGUUGCCAAAGCCUCAAUAGAAUCGAGGUACUUCACGCAGAUGCCUGACGGAGACAUGCAGAAACUUCGAGAUGAGUAUCUAUUGGCUCAUCCUGGGAUUCGCCUAAGGCAUAUCAAUAUCCGGUCCAGGCAGGAGUUUCUGGAUGAACUUUUUGGCUAUGAUGCAUACAAGGUACUGGAACACAUUCCAGCACUGCUAUAG